GAGUGUGAAUGAUUCAGCAGCUCGGAGCGGCAGCAGCUCCUACUCGGCUCUCUAUCAAGAAGAGCAGCGCCAGCCAGCUCUCCGCGGAUUUAACCAAACCCGCAUUCUCACCUAGACGCGCGAGGGGCAGAGGCAAACCCCUGCAGGUGACAAACAUCUCUCGGAGACCCCGUGCUGCAGCGUCCACAGGCCCCGGGCGGGGAGCAGAGGAGACCGCAGGCUCCCGCAGCUCCUCAUCCCGGUUCUCCGGGAGGAUUUUUUACCGCUCGUCACCGUCCUAAUUAGGAGUCGUGUGUCUCCGUCAGACUGACUCCUGUUGGAUUCAACUAUAACGCAUCUGAACCUACUGACUGUUGAUUUUUAUUUUUAUUUUUUUUAAAAAGAAGAAAAAAUUAAAAUAACAGCGGCGACAUUUCCGGGAUUCUGGUCCGGGUCUGAUGCUCGUAGUGUCUGCAGCUCUCCUGACUCUCCAUGGUGAAGUGGGCGGAGUCUGAUGUCAGCCCCACCUCUUGUUGACCGCCCCGCCAUGCCCACCAUGGUUUCCAGGCUGCCGAAGUUCGGCUUCCGGCCCCGGUCCCAGACGGCUCCUGCAGCGGUGGCUCCUGCAGCGGCGGCUCCGCCCGGCGGAGCUGCAACCGCCGCUGGCAGAGCUCGCCUCACCAACGGAUUCUACCACCACCCCGGACCGGCGGGUGUUUCCGUGCCCCUGUCCUCUGCAAAGCAGAACGGAUUCAUCCGAGUGCCGUGUUCAUUUUCCGCAAAGUGGAGGAGGGAAAACGCAGCUGAUGGUGACGAGAUAAUGGCCGGAGAGGCUGAGUGCAAGAGAGGGAAAGGUGGGAAUGAUGUCCAGAAUCGUAGCAACUGCCAGCCGUAUUUCUACCUGCACGAUGCCAGAAAACACACCACAUCCACCGCAGCGAAAGGGCGUGGCCAGCUUACAUCGUAUUCCUCGUCAUCAUCAUCCCCAUCUCCACAAUCCAGCCCCAGGGCUCUUCCUGUUUCUAAAAAUGGAUCAGGAGGUUCCAAACUGACUCCAAACUCUUCUGUACUGUCCAAGCAGAGUGUAAACACAAGUCCCGGAUCCAAAGCAGGGACGAAGGCGAUCACUUCUCUGAGGCCCCCUCAGAGUUUUGUUCGCCUGACGAGUACGAGGCCCGGCUCGGGCCCUGCGUCUCGAUCAGGUUCCCCGCUCCUAAAAAAGCCAACAGCUAGUCGCUCCCAUUCCAGCGACAACCUGGGCUGUGCCGCUUCUGCGCAGCUGACUGAAAGCGACCGCUUCCGCUCCCGGAGCCUCACCCAGGUCCGACAGCAGGCCUCUCCCACCCUCACCCGGACCGCCGCCUCUCCCCACGUGUCCCGCCCCUUCUCCACCAACAGGGCCACCCAACGGGUUCCCCCCGUCUCCACCUCGCAGGCUCCUCCUAGAGGCAGCUUGUUGAAAUCGCCUGUGAGCAGAGCCGCUUCAGGCAGGGCGGCUGGCAGUGCCCCCUCCCAGCUGCCACAGUCGGCCCUAAGGAAGCCUCUCUUGCCGGGUCCGACCUCCAGGUCCAGCGGCAUCAGCUACAAGCUGUCCCGCCCGUCGCUCGUCAAGCAGUCCAGACCCCUUCGAGCAAAAGGAACCAGCAUGUGCAGAAGUGAACAGGAAGUCAACAGAGGACCAACGAGACGAAAGAACUCUGUGGAGACGCCUUCAUCUAUCGAAAACAGCCCAGAAAACACUCCAGACGCCGCGGAGAUGGAGCAGCUUUCUGACGACGUUGCGUCCCAGGGAAUGGGAUCGAUUGUCGGUGAGACGCUUGAGGACAUGUCCCUGUCCUCCACUUCCUCCCUGGACCGGAAUGACAUCAGCCAGGAAUACAUGGAUGACUUUGACAACCUCGGAAACGGAGGGGUUGGCAUCUUACUGUUUUCAUCCAAAAACGAAGAGGAUGACUCAGGACUCGACCAGUCGUGCACCAGGAUAGAUGAUGACAGGGACGCGAUUAGCAAGGUCGCCAAGACAACAGGACUGUGCUUCCUAGAUGAUAGUCUGGACUGGACUUCCAUCAGAGGUGAUAAAGACGAGCACCGACUUAACCAACUUGCCCGUCGGAGAAAGUCAAGUCAGCCUGACUUUCAUGAACAGGGCGGCUCCUCUCUGGACCUGUCCCCCUCUGACAGCUGCGGCUCUGGGGGUACCUACAUGUGGGACGAGGAAGGUCUGGAGCCUCUGGGGGGCGCCACCACGACCGCCUCCAUCCACACCAGCAGCAACACCACCCACCACAUCGGGAGCUUCGACUCGGACAUCAACAGCAUCGAUCUCUUAAACAACCUGGACUCUUGUGAUCUGGCUGACGAUGACCUCAUGCUGGACGUAGAUUUCCCAGAGGACUCCUCGCUGCAUAGCGAUGGAGAGGGGCUGUCCAGUAUGGCUCAGUGGAGAAGAAGACAGCUCUGUUGGGGAACGCAGGACAACGACGUUGAGAGUGAUAUCCAGUGCUUCAAACUCUCUCAGGACCCUGAAACAAAGGAGGAUAAGAUCAGGUCGGCCUGCUGCUCUCCGGCUCCUCAGACUCUGGGCCUGGAUGUGGAGGAACUCGCUGAGGACUGCUCCGCAGUCCGGUCACAGCUGGAGUUCCUGCAGAGGUUGCUGCUGCAGGAGGAGGAUUUGGACGACGACACUCUGACCACAGACACUCUUAGUCCAGAAACAAACGACUUGUCUCACAGUUCAGACUCGCAGGUGGAGGCGCUCCUGCAGGAGGUGCAGCAGCUCCGGGAGGAACUGAGGAGCCGAGACCGGACCAUCGCACAACUAACCAUGCAACUGACUGUGUGUGUGCAGACUGUUCCCACACUGACCACCAGGUGUCGCUGUCAGGAGGUGUCUGAAAGGAUGGAGCAGCAAACGCAGACAAGUGUGACAAAAAGCGAGUGUGUGGCCUCGCAGACACCGUGGAGAGAACACACUUCACAGGUAUUUCACUCCUCCCAUCAGGAAGACCAGGAACCACUGACAAACCAAGCACCACCUUCAGGUAACCCCGCCCACGCUGAAAUGCUCCCUGACGGUCUCCCCCCAUCUUUUAAACCAAUCGCCGCCACCUGCACAACCCCAACAAGAACGACGGACGAUGGAAACCCACAGAGGAAGCCGGGGAGGGAGGAAGAAGACACGGAAAGGAGAGGGACCGGUUCCAGACCCCUAAUGCCUCUGCACCCUUCCAAGCUCCGCCUCUUCCUGUCUCAUGCUGCCAACGGCUCCGCGCCGGCAUCCCCCAAGGCGAGGCCGUCGAGGCAGCUGUUGGAUCGUGUCAACUCUCCGGGGCUGAAGGCGAAAGCCUUCGGCUCCGGAUCGUCGCGUCUCCCCAAACCAAAGAGCUACUGAGGCGGCGGGCGAUCAAACACGCCGACUUACUGUAUCCGUCCUGAAUCCUCAUAUUACUUAAUGUUGGUAUUCUGAACUCAGAUUAAACAAAAAAGCACUACAUUAGGAAGACUGAUACCACCUGGAUCUCGGAAGACAUAACCGAUAAAAAAACAUGGAUUUGUGCCUUUGAUUUGGAAGACGCCGUCUCACAGCGGAUCGCUGGAACCGGAUGUCAUUUAACGUCUAACCUGAGAUGUUUCACAUGCUGCUGCUGCUGCUUACAUUUUAAUCUUUAUUGGUCCUCUGAUGAGUUUCAGACUGACUGCGCCCAGCCUCUGUGAGAGGAAAAGUGUUCGCGUUAAUUUAAAUGAAGUCUCCGACGUGAAACCCGGCCUUCUUUGCAUUCCAUCGAACACUGGAUGCAAAACAAAAUAUCUAAUAUCUUCAGUUCACCUUCAACCACACACCCUCUCUCCUUUUUUAACCGCUGGUCCAAUUGUUUCUCCCUUCCCACAACCACCGAAGAGACAGAACCCUUCGUCCUUCUAUCAUCUCUUCUUUCAGACAACCUUGAAAGAAGAGGAAACUUUUUCUUCUGAAGCUUUUGAGCCUCAAACUUUCUUCUUCUUGGUUAAAUCCCCAGCUUCUCACAGGAAAAGCUUCCUUCCUAAAGGAAGAGUUUGGAUUUGUCUAGCUGUUGCUUCCAGUAAAACCUUCUUCCAGACUAUCCGGUUUAGCUGCACUGCAAAAACACAAAAUCUUAGCAAGUCUUUUUUUUAUUCGUCUUGUUUCUAGUGCAAAUCUCUUAGCUAAGUUUAAUUUCAAGUGUAUUACCUUAAAAGUAACUUUUAAGAACUUCUUUUUAAGUCUAUACUUAAUAUUGAUGGAAAAAUACUACUUCCAUUGGCAGAUCUUUAAACUUAAAAAUGAGUGAAAAAU